AUGGCCAAAAAGUACCUAGUUUAUAUGGCUCAGGUCCAUACCAAUUUUAGAAAGGCGGAAUUAGAGUCAUUGGCGGAUCUUCACAAUAUCACAUCCAUCGAUUUUGACAAAUACGAUGAUAAUAGUCCAUUUCUACUCGUCGAAUUAGAGAAUGACAAGCAGGCCAUAGAUUGGAUAAAAAGGUCGAUUUUGACAAGGGCAAUCUAUGAGUAUUGGGGUGAAGGCCAGGAUUUAGAAAGUCUUCAUAAAAAUAUUCAAUCCCAACCAUCUUUUGGGCAUUAUAAAACGUUGUAUCAAAAUGAUACUUUCAAGUUUGAUUUCGAGACUUAUAGAGGGGCUAGUAAAAUGAACAGAAUAAAACAAAUAGAGAGUUUUGCCUACCUCAAUUUUCAAGGUAAAAUUAGUUUAAAGUCGCCACAGCAAGUUUACACUGUGAUCGAGGAAUAUCAACCUAUAUCAGACAAUCUCUCAAGUACAGUGCCGAUAAAGAUGUACUUCGGUAGACUAGUUCAACACGGCGAUCGAGUUGCAGUGGAAAAAUAUGAUUUGAAGAAGCGACCAUACAAGGGCACAACGAGUUUUGAAGCUGAACUCUCGCUGGUGAGUGCUAAUAUCGCUCAGGUGAAACCCGGUACUAUAAUGUAUGAUCCAUUCGCCGGAACAGGAUCGUUUCUGUGUGCUGGUGGUCAUUAUGGUGCUAUUGUCAUAGGGUCCGAUAUCGAUGGUAGGAUGAUUAGAGGGAAGGGCGCUUCACAAAACAUUGCUACAAAUUUCAAGUAUUAUAAAGAAAGCUCAAGGUUCUUGGAUGUUUUAACUAUGGAUUUCACUCAUAAUUCGCUAAGAUCUAACCUGGCCAUUGAUACAAUAUUGUGUGACCCACCUUAUGGUAUAAGAGAAAGUAUCAAAGUGCUGGGCGCCAAAGAUCCCGAAAGAUUUGCAGGCAAGGAAAAUGUGGAGAUAGAUGGCGAAAAGGCAUUCUUGCGUCGCGAUUACAUACCCACAAAGAAACCAUAUGCAUUAGACUCAUUACUAGAUGAUGUCUUGCAAUACGCAUCAGAAAGACUACCUAUUGGUGGUCGCCUUGCAUUUUGGAUGCCCACCGCUAACGACGAAAAUGUGGAAACCAUCGUACCGCUACAUGCUAAUCUUGAGUUGAAGUAUAACUGCGUUCAAGAAUUUAACAAGUGGUCAAGACGACUACUUGUAUACAUCAACCGCGGGCCAGACUACCAUGGAGAGACAAACUCGGGACUCUCAAGAACGGCCAAUUUUAGAGAUCGAUAUUUUAAUAACUUUAAUUAG